AUGGCAGCAGCAGCGGUAAUGCCAGCUUCAGCUGAUCCUAAGCCAAAUUGGAUCCCAAUAAUCAAGGCGCCUGAAGUGUCACAGCUUGGAAAUGAUGAUUUCAACCCUGCACGACACCUUUCAUUCAAGGAGCCUCCGAAGGUACAUACCAUGAAGGAGCUGGGCUUCGAUGAGGAUGCAGGAGUAUCUCCAAUUGCUGUCUCAGAGCCCUUCCCGCUAUUCACGGAAGAAGCUGUGAUGAGGAUGAGAAAAGAGGUACUGAGCCAUGAGGUACUCAGCAACUGCCAAUAUUCAAGCAACUUGGCGCAGUGUCAACUUAGGGGCUUUGCAAAUAAAUAUGCACCUUUCGUAUACGACGUGUGGAAGAGCCCAGAAACGCUGGAAAUCAUCUCCAAAAUCGCAGGUAUCGAAUUAGUGACGGAAAUGGACUUCGAAAUCGGUCACAUCAAUAUUUCAGUUAAGACCGAGGAAGAGAAGCAGGAGGAACUCCGAGCAUUCAGUGAUCGUGCCCAAUAUGAAGCCGACGAAGGCAUCGCGGGCUGUCCUUGGGAGGACGACAAGCCCAUAGUAGGCUGGCACACUGAUAGCUACCCUUUUGUAUGCGUGACUAUGCUCAGCGAUUGUACGACAAUGAUUGGUGGCGAGACAGCGCUUCGUACCGGCACAGGAGAUAUUAUGAAAGUACGAGGUCCACAGAUGGGAUGUGCAGUAGUACUCCAGGGUCGAUAUAUCGAACACCAAGCGCUACGGGCACUCGGCACAGCAGAGCGCAUAAGCAUGGUGACUUCGUUCCGACCACGAUGCCCAAAAGUACGCGACGACACAGUCUUAACAACUGUGAGACCCAUUUCCAACCUUCUGGAGCUGUACAACCAGUUCAGCGAGUACCGCCUUGAAAUACUAGAGGAGCGCAUCCGCCAGCAGUUGAAAGAGUUACGUGAGGCCAAUGGUGCUGGUCGCAAGGUUGCCACACGCAAGCUCAAGGCAUUUUUUGAGGAACAAGAAAAGUUCCUCGCACAUAUGAAUCGCGAAAUGGUCGACGAUGAAAAUGUCAUCAUCGGAAACAUCGAUGAUAGUCAUCUACUUAAAAAGAAGGCCGAGGAGACUAAGAAAGCCGAGUUCAAGUCCAAGAAACGCCCGCGGCGUUCCUAA